GGUUACAGUUACAGUCGCCAUAUGGUUUGAGAAGUUUAAGCAAAAUUUUGGGUGAUUUCAACUUAAAACGUUUUUUCUUCCACGACUACGACUCCUUUCUGAUUUUUUUUGUAUGGACACUUCUAUUGUGUAGAUGUUCGUACGUAAAGCAAGAGACCAGCAUAAAGCGUGAAGAAGACACUUUUAUUAAAUAAUUGUCAAGGGUCUAUCUCAGUUCAUUUGUAGAAAUGAAAUUUUUUCUUAGAUAAAGAUUUCUUUGUUCUUUCACAGUGUUCAAUAGUUACAAGAGACAUUUGGUGUGGAGUGUAAAACAUUUUCUCUCAUAAAGUCUAUAAUUUUUUUGUGUUUAUGAAAUAUUUACGUAUUUCUUUCUUUAGUUAUACUUGCGAUUUUCGCGAGUGACCGUUGUUGCGUUGUUCUCGUGCGGCAUGAGGCAUGUCAACUUUUUAAACUAUCCUUCAAUUUCCCAAGGAUUUCUUUAAUUCUGAUUACGAUUCGUUGAUAAAUUGAGAAAACAUAUUGGUAAUGAAAGAUUUCAAUAUGGACGUAAUCAACGAAGCGAUCCAUUCAUUUAUUGAGAAAACGAGAGCAUUUGAUAACGAUUAUGAAUCUGAAGACGAGGAUGAUUACUACAACGAUGACGACUCGUAUGAAUCUUCGGCUGAGUCGACAGUUACGGAAGAAAAGGCCUACGUCUGCGACUACGACACAAUUUAUGUUUGCCUCUACGAGGAACUCGAGGAAUAUCGCACCUCGAAACAGGCAAAGAAAAAAAACACAGCAAAUUCUUGGAAUAAUUUACUUGUAGUGACACCCACUGGAGGAGUAACUUCCAUGAAAAAAGCUCCCGAAAUUAAAGCAGCUAAAAAGCCAGUCGAUCAACUCAAAUCAUAUAAUAAAAUAGAAAGCUUCAGGAUUGAGCUGCCGAAAAUUGAGCGAAGGAUUGAGGAGUCUUCUAAAAAAGUAACACCACCUUUAACCACAAAUAGCAACAACAAUAAAAAUAUUUAUCACCUGCCGGAAGUGAAAGCUUCAAAAGGCGGGCCUACCCCGGGAAAGCAGAAAUUGUCGAAGAAAAAACUGAAAAAGCAGAGACAGAAGGAGAAGAAAAAGGAGAAGGGUGAUAAGAGGGUCACGCAGAAGGAUUCGGAGGAAAAGGGGGAAGAGGAGGAGGAGGAGGAGGAGGAGGAGCAGGAGAGGGCGGUCGAGGAAGAGAACGGUGAAGAGAUAGAAGUUCCAGAAGAGGAGGAGCCGGAUCUCACUAAUGAGGACAAGUCGAGAUCGGAGUCGAAAGCAGAGAGUCUGGAAUCUGCGCAGGAUGAGAUUGAUGAUCGUGAGAGCGAAGACAAUGAAGCCUCUGCGGACAUUGAUUUAUCCAGCAGUGUCAUUCCAGCCUUUGUCAGUAAUGCUCUCAAGAAGAAUGAGAAGAAGGUUUUGAUUAAGAAGGAGGAGAAAUCCGCGAAAGCUAGCAAGAAAACUGUUGUUGUCGAGCAAAAACCGGUUGAGAAGAAACCUGUGCUCAAACUUCCUGUUCCUGUCUCUGCUUCUGCUCCUGUCCCUGCUCCUGUUAAUGGUGAGAAGACAUCUGCUAAAUCUAAAGCAAUUCCAGUUAUUCCGGGAACGAGUGCGCAACCGAUCCUUGAUCCUGACUUUGACUUCACUGUAAAGAAGAUAAAGCGGCCGAGAGCGACCGGCAACGAAUAUCAUGAGGCGGUAUCUCUGGGAAAGGAGGCCUACAAGCUCAUUAUGUCUGAGAACAUAUCGCAAGCUGUACAAUUUUUAUCAGAGGCUAUUCUCAUCAAUACCUACGAUUUACGACACUUUCUCAAUCGUAGCUUCUGCUAUUUAAGAUUAGGCGCCUAUAACUUAGCACUGAAAGACGCACAAGUUGUUAUUAAGUAUACUAGUGAGAGGGAUGAGCUAUUCAAAGCCAAAUUUCGCUGUGGUCAGGCGCUCUGUGGUUUGCAAAAUUUUGAAGAGGCAGAAAAGUAUUUGGACGAGGCGUACAAUUUUAGUCAGGCUGAUCCACACAUUCAUCGAGAACUGAUUCGUGUGAGGAUUUUGCAAUUACUUUACAUGGGUUUUCGAGAAAAAGAUAUUCUAGAAGCUUUUAAAGAACGUUCAUCCGUGCCCGAAGUAGUGUCAAAAUUAACAGAAAAAACUUUAAACGAGGAAGAUGAGGAUUAUAGUUAUGGAAGUGAGUGCGAUGAAGAUGAUAUUUAUAACUCGGAUGAUGAAGAGAAUCCUAGUUGUACGAGAAUGCUUACUAAUAUGUUGAGAUACCAACCGGCGGCCGGUAUAAAAAAACUGACCACCAUUAUACCUUCAAGAUUCGGGAAAAUAGUAUCUAUAUACAGAAAGCCAAACGAGUCAUACACAUUUAUUAAUUUUGAAACUUCAAAGGCUGUGAUGGAAUUAUUGUCCUCGACGUCCGUUGUCGAAGUCGACGGACACAAAUUGCCUGUCAAGGCCGCUACUAGAGCUAAGUAAACCUACUAAAUCUACUUAACUACUUAUCUUAGUCACAUCUACUCUCAAACUUUUUGAUCCAGCAAGUGAAUAAUCUGUUCAUAAUAGAUAGGAUGGGAUGGAAAUAAUGCGAUAACUGACCAUUUAUUAUUUUUCAACUUCACAACAUAAUUAAAAUAUUGAUUCAAAAUUGCCAGUGCUAUGUGCGUCGGGUCCGUUUUUUUUACAACUGGACAAACGGCAAUAGUCCAACUGCAUUUCUCCUGUGAAUGCUGUCUUAAUAAUAAGAAUAAGAAUAAUAAUAAUAUUAUUGUUAUUAUAAAUAAUAAUAAUCUUAUUGCUUGUACCAUAUGUAUUGCUGCUGCAUUUACCAGUUCAGUAUUGAUGACUCACGUGCGACUUUCCAUGCAAGUUCGAUAUACAAUAUACAUAUUCCUUUUUUAUCUCUGCUGCCGUUGAUAAUGUUAAACAAACGAAAAAAUGAUGUUUAGUUUUCAUUAGAUUAUGAGUGAUAUGUAGAAGAAUAUUUUUAUAAUGAGAUAAUUCCUAGAGCUUGGAGAAGAUUCAUCUGCGAUUUGAUUCUCGUAUUUGUACUACUGCUGUAUAUAUUAACUCUUUGUUAUUAUUUAGACUAAUUCUGCCAGUAAUUCAGGGAAUGUCCGAAAUUUUCACUAUUUUCACGAUUUGCACUAUUUUCUUUUAACCAGUGUGAGAUUAUUAUAAGAAAGAUAAACUGCGUUUAACAAAUGUCACCGCAAAUUGAACGUUACCUGAUACAAAUAAAUUUUAAUUUUUCUAUACCUAG